AACUAUUGCGCCCGAAAUUGCCGAAGCGAACGCAACCCUUGCGAGCGCCGCCCGACACCUACAUAUGUAUAUGCGCCCUCAAAUCAAGUCGCAAUCCUCCCUCUUAACAUCGUGACCCGCUGCUCCCUUUGCGUAUUAUCACCCUCCGCCGACGAGAAAGUAAUCGGUGCCGCGCGAGUGAUGGUUUGUGCGUCCUGAGUUGAUAAGUAUGACUUGUUGUGCGUCCUGAAAAGAACGAAGACGAGGAAGAUGCCGCGGGCGUUCCUGAUCACACAUCGCAGGUACAACGGCGCCGAGGACGAGAUCGGGGGACCCGAAAGAGAUCUCAGUGCCGAGAGAAGCUCGAGGUUGGCCGAUUACAGCGGCGGUCAGCCAACUUCCGAUGGCGCCAGCGAGUGCGGCAGCGAGACGUCGUCCGAGUGCCCCGAAGAGCUGUACAACCUGACGAAGCUGGCGGAGGUGAGCCUGGCGGCGGCGGCUGGUACCCUGAUCCACCACAGCAAUGUCAUCUACCAGCGACCGGUGUCGCCCAGAAUCACGCAGCAUCCGGAGAAGAGCCGGACGCUAGUGUCCCGACCUGUCGCACAGACAAGCCAGGACCCGAUCCUGAGCGAGAGGACCAGGCUCUUCCUCGAAAGGAUCGAGACCGAGCGAGAGAUCCUGGAAGGUCGUUGCGAGGAGAAAGGGAUUCGCCUGUCGCCGCGACACCCCGCCUGUACGCAGGAGGAAUCGGCCCUGUCGAAGGUACCGGUCGUUUCCGGACUCGUCGGUGAUGAUCCGACGUCGCCGGUGCCACCGGUGAAUGUCCACAGUCGACGAACGGCCACCACGGACCACACCAAGGCGGACCAGGACAACGAGGAUCACGAAUGUCCGGACUGCGGCAAGAAGUAUUCGACCUCGUCGAAUCUGGCCAGACACAGGCAGACGCACAGGUCGCUGGGCGAUAAGAAGGCCAGGAGAUGCCCGCACUGCGACAAGGUCUACGUAAGCAUGCCCGCGUUCAGCAUGCAUGUGAGGACCCACAAUCAGGGCUGCAAGUGUCAUUACUGCGGCAAGUGCUUCUCCAGGCCGUGGCUGCUGCAGGGACACAUACGCACGCACACAGGCGAGAAGCCCUUCAAGUGCACCAUUUGCAACAAAGCCUUCGCCGACAAGUCAAACUUGCGCGCCCACAUACAGACGCAUUCGAAUACCAAGCCUCACGUGUGCGGCCGUUGCGGCAAAGCCUUCGCCCUGAAAUCGUACCUCUACAAGCACGAGGAGUCGUCGUGCAUGCGCGCUCACCACCGAUCGUCCUCGGAGAAAGCCGACCAGACCGAUCAGCAGAGCUCGUCGUCGGUGAAACCAAGCGCUCCGUUAUCCUCGUCCCUGAACAGACCGCAAACUACACCGAGCGUCACCGCAUCGCCUACCAGCGUCAUAGUUCCUCGACUGGGACCCGAACGGGAUCAGAAGACAUCGGCGUUCUCCGCGAUCAUCAGGCACACCAGGACGGACGCGGUGGCGCCCUCGAAGCGACCUUGCAGAGAAAAGACACCCUGUCCGGACGAUCGAGAGAGGCAAAGCCCGGAUUCGCCGAUGAAGGAUCCGGAAUACGUGUCCAGGAUGGUCAUCAGGACGUCGGUGAUAUCUCCGAAUCCGGAACACCUGCUCCGUUUCGAAAACGACGUAAAGAGUUCCUCGACUACAUUCGAUUACCCCGAUCCGACGAGGCCUUCGGCUUUCUCGAGGCCCACCACGAUGACCUUGAACCUAGCUAUCGCUUAGGAAUCAGUUGACCAAUGCUGAUGCUUAGACCAAACCGGCCGUCUUGAUUUGUACUUAUUUUUUUGCAAAGUUUCACGGACAAGAAAUCCCCCGCAGACUCGAUCUGAAAUCUAUAGCGAGAAAUUUCUGACGAAGUCCACGAUCAGAAAAUUCUUCAUUCUGUAAAACUCUAUAACUUGAAAAAUCAUCGAAAUAUCGAAGAUGAGACUACAGUUCCGGAAGAUUCAAUCGACGAUUUGAAGAACGAGAUUUCGAUCGACGGGCGAUUAUACAGAAAUGUCCCAAAACUACGGAUAUCUUUUCAAUCGCUAAUUACUUUAAAACGACUCAGAGAGACAAUCUUUUUACAACAGGAACCCGGUUGAGAGACAGAAACACCAUGUUUUAUCGGCGUGUACAAUUUUCAGCGAUGAUUUAGUGGUGUUGCGCGCACAUCCUAUGCAACUUCGAUGGCGUUUCUGCAAGCAGGGUAACGAGAAUUGUCCCAAGUGUGAGCGUCAGUCUUCCCUUUCUUACCGCGGUCGAACGAAGAUUGCUUCCGGCAAUGGUGAAAUUGCAAAUUCACGAAUAAUCGAUCGAGUAUUUGCGCAUGAUGGAUAUUAUUAUUAUUCCAAGUAUCUUCCGAAUUAGGGACCACCUAGCGAUUAGUCGUAAUAACGUUAAAUCUGUAAGCCGUCGUGUUUAAUUUAGCGACACCAAGUCGUGCCUUAUGUGUAAUAAAUAAUCGGACACCGCGUGCGAGCGUAUUAAUUCGGCUUAGUUGACAGAACUCCGACGGGAUUGGCGUGCACGGAUGCGCGUAGAGAAAGAAAUUUCCGAGGUGUUAGGCCGCCCUGGCGAGAACGCCUGCUAAAUGCCAAACGUGUGACCUCACCUAUUUAAAGACAUAGCGCCAUCGCCGUCGCGCCGUCGAGAGCGCGAUUAAAAUUGAUUAUCGACACGAACUGAACCGCAGUGUGCCUUCGCGUCUUAUUAUUGUCUUAGAAUUAAAUGACAACGGGUCGAGGCUCUUCGAGGCAGCUAACAAGCUCGACGAGAUAUAGCGAUGUACACGUAUAGCGAGUUCCCAAAGCCCUAGUGAAAAACGAGAGGUUUUUGUGAGAGGCGAGCUCUCGCAAACCGUAAACGUCACGUUGUCACUGUCGAAGGGAUCUUCGUAAGCGUGUCAGGAUGCAGCGUCGGGAUGCUCUCAUAAAACGGAGGCGUGUAUCUGUGAUUCGGAAUUGCGCAACCGAUUGCCGACCGAAAAGCCGGGCGAUGCGGUCAUUUGUUUCGAGUGGAUGCACACGAGACAAAAUGUUUCGUCGAAUUUGUUGAGAGAGAGUGAACAAACCGAACGCAUUUUGCUUGAAGGAAACAGAAUGUCCGCCUGUGAAAACUAAAUUUGGAUCGUAAGGAAUGGUCAAUUCAAGCAAACUUUUUUUUUCCGUGGUCUAAAAGAAAAAUCACCGAUAUUAGAGAAUACCUGAAACAAGAAUGUCGAACCACUUGUAUGAUAUCGAAACUCGUCUCCUUCUUCCUCUCGGAGCAUCCAAUAUAAUUGUCGAAUGAGCGCGUCGUUUGGAGCCCCGGCAUGAAAGUCGCGCGUUCUCCAGCGGCGAAGUAAUUGUAACGACGAUAAAUAAGUCUUCGGUACCAGGAUUUUGGUAGCGAUCAGAGUGUCGAGCUAGUCGAACCCGUCUCGCCGUCCCGAACGUAAUCCGCCGUCGUGGCGAAGCUCUCGGGGGAUUUUGCGACAUUGCGACGAAUCCUCGAAAUCGUCAGCGAGCGUGUCACCCUUCCCGCGGGGAUUCAGCGAACGGCGGGAUAAUUACGAGCUGCGCGGAUGGCGACGGUUAUGAUAAAGAUUGCGCGUAAUAAGUGUAAAGUAACGUCGCGCGAGAUCGCGUCUCGCGCGGUUUGCCGAGGGAUCCGCUCGCGGCUGUAUAAUUAUAAUUGGCGAGCGCGAUUCGGACGUGUGCGUCCUAGUCAUUUCGAUUCGAUAGAUCGCCCUCCGACGAUCGGACGGGAGUAGGGAAGCCCGAUCUAGCCGCGUUAAUAACGUAGCCGUGUUGACCGCACGUUGUAAAUAGCAUUCCCACUUUUACGUAUUAGAAUUUAGACGCGAGAUACCGCUCGGUGCCAGUCACUUUUAGAUAGCUCGAUUUAUUACACCCGUCGUAUAUGUAUUGUGUAUAUACUACUACUACUACUACUUGUACACCGGAGUGCCUAUGUAAAAGAAAAAAAAAAAAACAUUUAUCCACUUUUUUUACGAAUUAUAAAAGUCUUGUCUAUCGUAACGAGAAAAAUAUACGAGAUGAUAUACGUGUA